AUGGCAUCUCUCUCUAGAUCACCGCCACUAGUCCACCACCAGAUAAACUCCCUCACUCUCAACCCGUGCCCCGUAACUCUAUCCUUCCCUUUCCUCAAAACGACGGCGCUCCAGGCCCGUCUCUGUGCCCUGAAGACCGGGGCGGACGGAGGCAGCAGAACCGGGAGGCCAGGAACGCAGGGACCCGACCCGGGAUUGCUUCGGAAGCCGGUGGUGUCGUCCGGGAAGGACAUGGAUGGAAUUUCGGAUGAAGACGAAGGAGAAGACGGGAAAUGGGUCGAUUGGGAAGAUAAGAUUUUGGAAGACACGGUUCCUCUGGUUGGGUUCGUGAGGAUGAUACUUCAUUCUGGGAAAUAUGAGAGCGGAGAUAGAUUGAGCCCUGAGCAUGAGAAGACUGUUCUUGAGAGGUUGCUUCCAUUUCACCCUGAAGCUCAGAAGAAGAUCGGUUCUGGGAUUGAUUAUAUCACAGUUGGUUAUCAUCCUGAUUUUGAAAGCUCAAGAUGUUUGUUCAUUGUUCAAAAGGAUGGAACAUUGGUCGACUUUUCAUACUGGAAGUGCAUAAAGGGGCUGAUCAGGAAGAACUAUCCUCUAUACGCAGACAGCUUCAUCCUCAGACAUUUCCGAAAGCGCAGACGCGGUUUAUGA